AAUAACGACUAAUUCGCAAUUCAAAGGGAGCACUAAUUUCACAGGAAUCUCCCAUAAUUCACUGCAGUACAGAGGUGUUACGAUGGACGGUAGCCGUUGAAACCUCUUCCCUUCAAGGCUCUUCGGUAUUCCCAAUUUAACUUGGUGCCCACUCGCGCGGCAUCCCACGUAAUUUUAUGGCGGUUUUACAGGGACAUUGACAACAAUUAUCCCCGCUGGAACCAUUUUGUAAAUUUUAUUUCACCGAGCCGCUCUGAACGACUGCGUACGUACAUACGGACAGGAAGGAGAAAUAAUCUGGUUAUUUUGUCUUUAAUGGGGCGGGGCUAAUCCCCCGCACACACUCCCAGUUCUCGAGCAUUCACAUAACUUUACUGUAGAGACCUCGGCGCUCCACAAAGCGCUGUGCUGACCAUCAGAGAAGAAGCUAGCCGCCCCCUCCCGCCGAAAGGAAAUGAAGAGGAGGCUACAUAAGAAAUACUUGAUUUUGAUACUGGCAUAUUCAGGUUUACUUCUGCUAAUCCCGUACGUGUUAGAUUACGGGGAUAAAUCCUAUCAACGCGGGAAGCAUGGACUGCCGCAGCAACAGCCCAGAUGCCCAGAUUUGGAGAACACGGUGGCGCUGCUGUGGGAUAACGGUUACAGACUCAACGGCAGCGACACGACGGAGUACGCCGUCAACAGGAGCCAGUCACGGAUGAACAUCUACCUGCAUGCCACCUGGAGGACUGGCUCCUCGUUCUUGGGGGAGCUGUUCAACCAGCACCCCGAUGUUUUUUACCUGUACGAGCCGAUGUGGCACAUAUGGCAGGCUCUGUACCCGGGGGAUGCGGCCAGUCUCCAGGGCGCAGUGCGGGACAUGAUGAACGCCCUGUACCGCUGCGACUUCUCCGUCCUCAAACUUUACGCCGGCACGCAAAACAUCACCACCUCGUUCAUAUUCGGCUGGAAAAUGAACAAGGUGAUAUGUUCAGAGCCGCUGUGUGGUGCGCACAAGCGGCACGAUAUCGGGCUGGUGAAGGAGGACCAGUGCGCAAAGUGCCAAAAGAGGGACAUCAGGGAGCUGGAGAGGGAGUGCAAAAAGUACCCAGUGAUGGUGAUCAAAGGAGUCCGCGUCUUGGACCUGAGCACGCUGGUUCCUUUGAUGAAAGACCCUGCGAUCAACCUCCAGAUUAUCCAGCUCUUCAGAGACCCGAGGGCCGUGCACAACUCGCGCUUGAAGUCCAAGCAGGCCCUGGUGAAGGAGAGCAUCCAGGUGCUCAGGAGUAAGAAGCAGACCGACAAGUACAAGCGGCUGCUGGUGCCGAGCAACAGGGUGAACCGGGCUGAGAGCUACGUCUCCAGCGCCAUGGAGCUUAUCUGUGACAACUGGCUCAGUGACAUGAUGCUGGUGAUGAACGCGCCCCCAUGGGUGAGGAGGAACUACCUCCGCAUCCGCUACGAGGACCUGGUCCUCCACCCCAUGGAGGAGCUCCAGAGGCUCUACCGCUUCUCCAACCUCUCCACCUCCCCUGCUCUGGAGAAGUUUGCACUGAACAUGACGCACGGACAGGGGUAUUCAUCUGACAAGCCCUUCCUUAUAUCAUCUAGGGAUGCAAAAGAGGCUAUAUAUGCCUGGAGGGAGCGGCUCAGUGUGGAGCAGAUAAAUCAGGUGGAGGCCUACUGCAGUGAAGUCAUGAGGCAGCUGGGCUAUCAGAAAAACAGCCCGGACAAAGCAACAUGAGGAUGUGGCAUGAGGAAUCGAUGGGUUAAAGGGGCCUGGUAUCCAGGGCUGAGGGCAAAAGGUGGAAUAACAACACAAGCAGCUGGAAUGUGGUCCACUGGGAGCUCGCAAGCACAACUCUGGGCUUGUUUUCCUUCAGCCGGGUCGAUGAACUGGAGAAAAUCCAAGUGGAAAGAGCAGCCAAUCACAGACAGAUGAAUCUGAAACAGGAAGAUGGCAGCUUAUUUUUUACAGUGUUACCUGGAUAACACCAAAAAGGGUCUGUGCAAAUAGAAAGAAUGCGGGGAGGGGAAAUAAACCAGAAGAGAGAGAUGGGGCUGUUUUGUUCUGCCGUCACACUGGCCAGCCUCCAUCCCUCUGUCCUUUUAGUAGCACUAAUCCCUCCUCAAAUCCCCUGCAGGCGCGGGCCAGAAAAAGCCCAAGAUGGGUCUUUCUCUGGAGACGACUGCCAAGAUCCAGGGUGGCAGCGUCAGGUUCGCUCUCACCUGCGCGCCUUAUCCGUCCAGUCUAUGACUAAGUGUGGCAGCAAUCUCGAGCAUUACUGAUACCUAACUGCAAUUGGCUCACUAACAGUGCUAAUGUAGAGCUUUCGAAGAAGAAAGUACUGUAUUUUUACUGGAAAAGAGGUCCGACUGAGGAACUGUUGUUCCACCCCCGGCCCCUCAGGAAUCCGGACAGCUGCAGCGCCCCACUGACAAAACACUCGCAUGGGUGUGAAAUCUUCGAAUAUCCCGUGGACGUGUCUUGGAGAGCUGCCUCUGUCCUCUGCCAGUGAAUUAUGUAAAAGGUUGUCACAAAUACAACAGACGGUACUGAUUCAUAUUAGGUGCCGUUCUUACUGUUUAUAGUUUUUGUUCGAAAAUGGUGUAAAAUGCUGUGAUAUCCCUCUGGUUAAAGGAUGUGUUGGGGGAGGGGUAAAAUACUUAUCGGCAUCCACAUGUUCAACUUUAGAAGUUGGUUCUGUAAUAAUUGUUCUGGGUGGAAUAUCUGAAGUUCUCUUGUCAAAGAAGGAAAUAACUUUUAGACCAUUGAAACUGACUGCAAUAAAGAGUUAGUAAAAACUAGAGAAGUGUCUCCUGAAGAAAAUGUACAUGUCUGUUGUUCAGAUUGAUGAUGAUGAUGAUGAUGAUGAUGGUGAUGAUGAUGAUGAUGAUGAGCAGGAUUUGCAUGAAAAUACAUGAUCUUUAAAGUGUUGGCGGAGUUAGAGAUCCAGUGGAAGUGAACGGGGGCUUUAAGACACACCUGCAUUACAAUUUACAGUUGAACUUCUCCACUGUACAAACCGUCAUAAUGAGCUGACAGGUGAUCAGUGUACAUAUGUGAGCAUCUUGUCAUUUGAAUGGAGUUGGAUUAGACCGAGCCUCCAUACAUCAAAAUAUAUUAUGUGAACCAUAAUCAUUUGCUUAUGUGCAGUGGAUCUCCAUAGUCUUAAAUGCAAUAUAUUUCUCAUUAUAACUCAUUAACUGUACAUGUCCUCAAAAUUAAAUAAUGUACAAUCAGUGGUAAAUAAUUAAGCAUUUUGGACUUUGUACACUGGCUGAAAUAUUAUGUCUGUUUAAAUAUUAAUAACUGAGGAAGUGUAACAGAAUUACACACUUUGACCUAUGACUUAAAACCAGGAGGCGACG